AUGGGGACAGACUGUGACCAAAGACUCAGGGUGAGGGACAGCAGGAGCAUUGUGAUGUGGGUGUGGGGCGUGGACGGCCGUGGGGACCGCUCCCGGACCCAACUGCUACAGCGGCAGCUCAUGCCUCCUGUCUCCCACAGCCACCUGGAGAGGCUCUCUGACCAGGGGGGCUUUCACCAGUUCUUACAUCAAGCAGCCCCUGGGCAGGUGCGCCGAGGGGUGCCAGCUGGAGCCCGUCAGCCAUGCAGGGAGCCUCUGCAAGAUGCUACUCCCGCUGUGGCCCCAUCACCUGCCCUAACUCCACUGACGGGGUCUCCUCGGCCUCUGGCCUCCACCCUGCCAGCAGGACCAAUGACCUCAAUUUCCGUUGCUUCACACUCCUCACUGACUACUUCCUGGCUAGUAGAGCCUUUCCUCCCCCCGGAUGGCUUUCCAAACCAGCCACUUGCUCUUCCUCCUUCCCCGUCAUGUCUCCCUCCUUCAGAGGCCUGCACUGGGCCUCUGACAGCCUCCUUGGCCCCAGAGCGGCCAGACUCUCCUUUGACUCUCCCUCAGUGUGACUCAAGGGCACCCCUGCCGUGCCCCAUCCCACAGAGCUCGGCUCCGCACACGCCUUGGUCAGCUGACAGGUCAGCUUCUCCUGUCCCAGCCAUCUCGGGACUGGGCCGCUCACACUGCCCCAUUUCGGCCCUGUCCUGGUGGCAGGCAGCUGCCAAUGCCUGGAACCUGUCCACCUCAACAUGCUUGGAGUCCCGUCAAGCGCCUCUGUCCCAUGGCCCACCACAAGCCUUGUUCUGGGGAGACCCCACACCCAGACAGGAAGAGACUAGGAUCCCCCCUUCCAUCAACCCAGACGUCCAGAAGCUUCUGGAGAUACUCACUGCCAAGAGAAAAGAACUGAGGUCUUGGAGGGAGAAGGACAAGAAAGAAAGGUCAAAAUACCAGCUGACCUCUUUCGGGAGAAUGUUCAAGUCCCCAGGUGACGGGCAGGACACCAUGGGCCGCCCGUCCUUCUGGAGCAUGAGGGGCAAAGCAAAACAGCUGCUUGGUCCUGAGAAGCCCCCACGUCCCAAGAUUCCAAGGGACAAUUUAGAGCAGAAAUGCCUCCAGCUAUUCUGGGGUCUCCCCUUUCUGCACAGCGAGUCCCUGGUGGCCACUGUCAGGGGUGGCCAGGCCCCCGAAUUGAUCGACUCUGAGCUCUGGGAGCAACCGGAUUGGCACCUUUGGAAGAGGCUCAUGAAGCAAGUAAGGGGCCCGUCUUGCAGGAUCCAGCUAUCCCUGGAGAUACAGCCUCACCAAGAGUUCCAGAAGGUGCCCCAGGCACACAGCUGGCACAGUCCCAAGGCCAAGUCUGGGUCUACAAAUGGAAGCUGCCAGGCCACACAGAAGACUGGGUCCAGGUACCCAGGAAGGACCGUGCCAAGAAAAAGAAUGGGCAAGGAUUCAAGGUCCAGUGCAGGGAGGAUCCAGAAAGAUCUACACAGGGGCUCAGCGAGCUCUCCAGAGAAGGCUCCAGGAAGAAAUCGUGAGGAGCCAGACACAGACAUGAAGCCCUCCACAAGCAGCACAGACGAGAAGCUCCUAGAGAAGGACCUGAGAGCCCAUUUAAGGAAGUUGGGGCAGUUCAGAGAGGGUCAGAUGCCUUUGGAUGUUCAUCCUUCCAGGCUUGCUGCCCACCACUCCUCGGACCUUCCCAGAAAGCCAGCCCCUCACGGGAAACCUGGAAAGCCAGCGCUUUCCAAGUGCUGGGAGCCCUCCCACAAUUUUUCCAUCCUCAGUCCAUAUGCUCAGCGGAUGCUAGAAGCACAUAUCAAAAGGCUCAGGGUGAAGCACCGUUGGGGCCUCCCCCUCAAGGUUCUCAAGACAAUAAACCUCUUCAAGUUAAAGAAGGGCUUCCUCCUCUCCCAGUCCUUCCCUUCCCGCUCAGCCACCUGCAUAUCCAAGGCUGGCUUGGGCACCAAGUUCGUGGGAAAUCCUUCUCAGCCCUAUCAAGGAGAGGUGAUGAAAGAGUCUUACCCCACUUGGGGGGGUCCCCUCGGUGUUCCCCAGCCUACGUGUGAGGAAAUCCAGCAGGCUCUGGAAGGGACCUCACCUGGGGGUGGCCCUCUAGCUGGAGAGGGGCCCAGGUCACCUUCUCGGACCUUCACAUACAGCUUUGUGGGCAGAAUCUGGCACAGUGAGACUGUCCCUAGGACUCUUAUGAACAGCAGCUUGGAGUCAAGUCCAAGUCCAGCAAUGGCCACAAAGGAGCUAAGGAGGGUGAAUUGGGGUCGGGCCUCACGGGACAUGACCAUGCUAGAACUCAACUUAGAGCACCAGAAUCUGAGUGCCAAAGAGCCCGGGGAGGUGGGGGACUUCAAGGAGGCCCCUGCCUGGGGAGUCACCUUAGAACCCCGUCUGCUGGCCAACAACCAAGGCCUCCGUGGCAAGCUGAGAAGAUCGGGGUCUGCAGAGAAAAGUGACAGUCCCUUGCAACGUACAAAGUUGGUCACCCGAGACCUCGAAGAGCUACGCCUUGAGGCACGGCGCAGGGGAUCGGAGCCCCAGAAGUUGAUGGAGUCAGAGAACCGGCUUCGUGAUGCCACCCCCACCGUGUGCCUACAAGACUGUGAAACUGGGGUCCUCCUUCAAGACUGUGAGACGGAGAGUCUCCUUCAAGACUGUCAGUCCAACAUGUUCCUUGCUGCUGACAUCUUGGCUUCUCAGGGAUCUCUGUCUAGCUUCCAGAGCAGGUCCAGUGAAGACACAUCUACUUCUGAGGUGCUGCAUGGCCAAAGAUCCCGUGGCCAGAGCCCCCACAGGCAGCCAGGACCCCUGGGACUGGAGCACCAAUGUAAGAGCCUGAGCAGGUCAUGUGUCCCCCCCGUGGAGAUAGAGAGCUCCACGAGGUCCCCCUCGAGAGAGCCCGCCAAGGAGUGGUCAGAAAUGAAGCUCCUCCAGAUCAGUGAGGUGAGACAUCCAGUCCAGAGCAAGGAGUCAGGAGAGGCCUCGGGAAGCAAGGCCUGUGAGAUCUUGCUGAAGAAAGAGGAGGCGCCUCCGGAAAACUACUUCAGGAGAAGGAUGACGCACUUGCUCCAGUGGUUCUUUCCCAGUAAAGGCAGAGGACUGGAAGAUUCCCUUCAAAAGGGCAAGUCUUCAUCAUCCCAGGGCCGGGGACAAGUCAUGGGCAGGUCAGCCAUGGACAGGGCUUCUGCCGAGGCUCAGGUGGUCGUGAGGGCUGUGGAGCAAAUCCUAGAGGAGAAAAUGUUGCCCAACCAGGGACUCAGGGUCCCGAAGGUUGACUGGUGCAAAAAGGAUCUCCAGGCUUCAGCAGACCCCAAUGUCUGCUAUCACAGGGUUCUCUCCUACCAAGAGCAGAGGAGAGUCAUGAGGGAGACAGCCAGUCCACAGGGCACCCCCAGGGGCCACAACUAUGCCAACAAGACCGAGUGGAUCGGGUGGCCCUUCCCCACCAGGGUGCCAGAGUGCCCGAGCAGACCCUGCCAGAACGGGUCCCUGGUAGGGGGCCCUUCAGGCCGCACCCUACAGGCCCACUGCCCCAGGCGCUGCCUCCUUAAAAAAGACAGUUCACCUGGCCAGCCACUGUGUGCUUCUCACGCCUUUCCUGGCAGAACAACUUUCCCCCAAGAAAAAACGCAGACAGUGGAGAGAAAAACUUUUUGUUCUCACAUUAGUACAUCAUCUAUGGGCUAA